AUGGGGCGCAAGGAGAUUAACUGCAGCUGGAAGAAAAACACCAACAACAUCAAGGAGGUGUUUGACUUCAAGGGGAAAAUGGGAGCCGGGUCUUUCUCCGAAGUGUUCAUGGUGAGAGAGAAGACAACGGGAAACCUGUAUGCCCUGAAAUGUCUGAAGAAGAAACACCUGUCUCACAGCAACCUGGAGAAUGAGAUCAACGUGCUGAGGAGGAUCAAACACGAGAACGUGGUGGGGCUGGAGGACUUCUAUGAGAGUCGAACACAUUAUUACCUGGUCAUGCAGCUGGUGUCAGGAGGAGAGCUGUUUGACCGUAUCCUGGACAGGGGGGUGUACACAGAAAAGGAUGCCAGCGUGGUGAUCAGACAAGUGCUCCAAGCAGUCGACUACCUCCACGAGAACAGUGUAGUACACAGGGACCUCAAGCCAGAGAACCUGCUGUACUACAGUGCAGAUGAGAAAGCUAAGAUCAUGGUCAGCGACUUCGGCCUGUCUAAGAUGUCGGACCACGGCGUGAUGUCCACAGCAUGCGGCACACCAGGCUAUGUCGCCCCUGAGGUUUUGGCCCAGAAGCCGUACAGCAAAGCCGUGGACUGCUGGUCCAUAGGGGUCAUCACAUAUAUCUUGCUGUGCGGCUAUCCUCCAUUCUUCGAGGAGAAUGAGACGCGUCUGUUUUCAAAGAUCAUGCGGGCUGAGUACACCUUUCACAGCCCCUUCUGGGAUGACAUCUCUGAUUCAGCCAAAGACUUCAUCAAGAAUAUGAUGGAGAAAGACCCCAAAAAACGUUUCACCACAGAAAAUGCCCUCAGGCAUCCCUGGAUUAUUGGAAACACAGCAAGAGAUCAUGACAUUUACCAGUCUGUCUGCGAGCAGAUCCAAAGAAACUUUGCCAAAUCUAGAUGGAGGCAAGCCAUCAACACAGCCACAGCCAUCAACCACAUGCAGAAACUACGGCUGUCUUGUGGAGAGUCCACUGCCUCCUGCCCUCCAAUCCCCAACAUUGUAGUACAGUCCUCCACCCAGAAUCCUCUGCGGGGCCUAAACCCAGAUGAGUGCCCAAAAGACAUUGAGGCCAACGCCCUAGACCCCAACGGGAACCUCCCCACCCCCGCAAGUCUCUUGAUGGUCCCGUCCAAACCUGAGCAGAGCCUGAAAGCAAGCCACAGUGAGCCUAUGCACGCCCCUGUGGUCACAGAGACUGGCAUCCACACCUACCAUUCAAAGAGCGAGCCUGCCUUCGGAUCAGCUCACAGCCAUGACUCCAUGGAUAGAGACCAGAACAGGAAAGGCCAGGGGCUCCAGACAAGCGUGUGUUCUGUCAUGUGAUUGACUGGCUAACCUAAUAGGGAUUUCAUUUUUUUUCCUGAGC